AUGUGGGGACGUUUGCCUGCUUCGGGCCGAAGGAGGGGUGUUGGGUUUGUAGUGCAGCUGUGUCAGCGCCGCCUCAUCUGGAAGUGUCAGGGAAAGGAAAUAAAGGCUGAAACAGAAAAGCAAAGUCCCCCUCACGGAGAAGCAAAGUCUGGUUCCAGCACUCUUCCACCUGUGAAAUCAAAGACAAGUUUCAUUGAAGCAGACAAAUACUUCCUACCAUUUGAAUUGGCAUGCCAGUCCAAGUGCCCCAGGAUUGUCAGUACAUCUCUAGACUGUUUACAGAAACUUAUAGCAUAUGGGCACUUGACAGGUAAUGCUCCAGACAGUACAGCUCCAGGAAAAAAACUAAUUGAUAGAAUUAUCGAGACAAUAUGUGGCUGUUUUCAAGGCCCUCAAACAGACGAAGGGGUUCAGCUGCAAAUAAUAAAGGCUUUGCUCACUGCAGUAACAUCUCAACACAUAGAAAUCCACGAAGGAACAGUACUACAGGCUGUAAGAACAUGUUACAAUAUCUACCUAGCAAGCAAAAAUCUUAUAAAUCAAACUACAGCCAAGGCCACUCUUACACAAAUGCUGAAUGUCAUUUUUGCACGUAUGGAAAAUCAAGCACUUCAGGAAGCCAAACAGAUGGAAAAGGAAAGACACAGACAGCAACAUCAUCUUCAGCAGUCUCCAGUGAGCCAUCAUGAGCCUGAAUCACCUCAGUUGAGACAUAUUCCAGCACAGGCUGAUCAGCUGUCCAAAGACCAUGAGAGAGAGCUUGACCACAGCACAAAUGAUGUGGACAAGAACCUUCAAGAAGAUAUUGAGGCAGAAAAUGGAUCUGACAUUUCUAGUGCUGAAAAUGAGCAGACAGAAGCUGACCAAGCCACAGCAGCAGAAAAUCUUUCUAAAGUUGAUGGAGGAACAUAUGAUGGUGAAAGCAAUGAGUGUGAAGAGAAGGCACAAGAAAUUGUAGAAAGUAUUGUGCAGGAAAUGGUGAACAUAGUAGUUGGAGAUGUGGAAGGGACUGCAGGUGGUGAUGGCACAACUGUAUCAUUAGAGGAUGUCAGUGACAGUGAAAACAUUCAGGCAAAUGGAAUUCCAGGGACUCCAAUUUCUGUUGCUUAUACACCAUCUUUACCCGAUGACAGAUUAUCUGUCUCUUCCAACGAUACUCAGGAAUCUGGAAAUUCUUCAGGACCUACCCCUGGUGCUAAGUUUUCCCACAUUUUACAAAAGGAUGCCUUCCUUGUAUUCAGGUCACUGUGUAAACUCUCCAUGAAGCCCCUGUCAGAUGGACCACCAGAUCCAAAAUCUCAUGAACUGCGAUCAAAGAUUCUUUCAUUGCAGUUGCUUCUGUCCAUUCUGCAAAAUGCAGGACCAGUCUUCAGGACAAAUGAGAUGUUCAUUAAUGCUAUAAAGCAGUACCUCUGUGUUGCACUGUCAAAAAAUGGAGUCUCAUCAGUUCCAGAAGUUUUUGAACUUUCACUUUCCAUAUUUCUUACCCUCCUGUCAAACUUUAAGACUCAUCUAAAGAUGCAGAUUGAGGUUUUCUUCAAAGAAAUUUUCCUGUAUAUCUUGGAAACUUCUACUAGUUCAUUUGAUCAUAAAUGGAUGGUUAUACAAACACUGACAAGGAUAUGUGCAGAUGCUCAGAGUGUGGUGGACAUCUACGUGAACUAUGAUUGUGAUUUGAAUGCAGCAAAUAUAUUUGAAAGACUGGUUAAUGACUUAUCAAAGAUUGCUCAAGGAAGGGGUAGCCAAGAACUUGGCAUGUCCAAUGUUCAGGAAUUAAGUUUGAGAAAAAAAGGAUUGGAAUGCUUGGUAUCGAUCUUGAAAUGCAUGGUGGAGUGGAGUAAGGAUCAAUAUGUAAAUCCCAAUUCCCAGACAACCCUUGGCCAAGAAAAACCCACAGAACAGGACAACAGUGAAACCAAACACCCUGAGACAAUUAACAGAUAUGGAAGCUUAAAUUCUUUGGAUUCUACUGCUUCAUCAGGAAUUGGCAGUUACAGCACACAGAUGUCUGGCACUGACAACCCAGAGCAGUUUGAAGUCCUAAAGCAGCAAAAGGAAAUAAUAGAACAAGGAAUUGACUUAUUCAACAAGAAACCAAAGAGAGGGAUUCAGUACCUGCAAGAGCAAGGAAUGCUGGGCACUACCCCUGAAGAUAUUGCUCAAUUCUUGCAUCAAGAGGAAAGAUUAGAUUCAACUCAGGUUGGGGAGUUCCUGGGAGACAAUGAUAAAUUUAACAAAGAAGUCAUGUAUGCAUAUGUAGACCAGCACGACUUCUCAGGAAAGGAUUUUGUUUCAGCUCUGCGCAUGUUUCUAGAAGGAUUUCGUCUACCAGGAGAAGCUCAAAAAAUUGAUCGCUUAAUGGAGAAAUUUGCUGCUAGAUAUUUAGAAUGUAACCAAGGGCAAACUCUUUUUGCUAGUGCAGAUACUGCAUAUGUUUUAGCUUACUCAAUUAUCAUGUUGACAACAGAUCUUCACAGUCCACAGGUUAAGAACAAAAUGACAAAAGAACAGUAUAUUAAAAUGAAUAGAGGUAUCAAUGACAGUAAAGAUCUCCCUGAAGAAUAUUUGUCUGCUAUCUAUAAUGAAAUAGCUGGAAAGAAGAUUUCAAUGAAAGAAACAAAAGAAUUAACAAUACCCACAAAAUCGAGUAAACAAAGUGUUGCUAGUGAGAAGCAGAGGAGACUCCUAUAUAACUUGGAAAUGGAGCAAAUGGCUAAAACAGCUAAAGCUCUUAUGGAGGCAGUGAGCCACGUUCAGGCCCCUUUUACUAGUGCAACACACCUGGAGCAUGUGAGACCCAUGUUUAAGUUGGCAUGGACACCUUUCCUGGCUGCGUUCAGUGUGGGUCUACAGGACUGUGAUGACACCGAAGUUGCCUCUCUUUGUUUGGAGGGUAUACGAUGUGCAAUCCGGAUUGCUUGCAUUUUCAACAUUCAGCUUGAAAGAGAUGCCUAUGUUCAAGCAUUAGCAAGAUUUACAUUGCUUACAGUGAGUUCUGGUAUUACUGAAAUGAAGCAGAAGAAUAUUGACACCAUUAAAACUCUCAUCACGGUGGCUCAUACAGAUGGAAACUAUUUAGGAAAUUCCUGGCAUGAGAUUCUGAAAUGCAUCAGUCAACUUGAACUGGCACAGUUAAUAGGAACUGGAGUAAAACCUCGCUACAUCUCAGGGACAGUGCGCGGCAGGGAAGGUUCUUUUACUGGAACAAAAGAUCAGGCACCUGAUGAAUUUGUGGGGCUGGGACUGGUUGGUGGAAAUGUGGAUUGGAAGCAGAUAGCAAGUAUUCAGGAAUCCAUUGGUGAAACUAGCUCCCAAAGCGUUGUUGUUGCUGUAGACAGAAUAUUUACGGGAUCUACAAGGUUGGAUGGAAAUGCUAUUGUGGAUUUCGUUCGCUGGCUUUGUGCUGUGUCCAUGGAUGAGCUGCUGUCUGCUACCCACCCUCGAAUGUUUAGUCUGCAGAAGAUAGUAGAGAUUUCUUACUACAACAUGGGCCGGAUAAGGCUACAGUGGUCUAGGAUCUGGGAAGUUAUUGGAGAUCAUUUUAAUAAGGUUGGCUGCAAUCCCAAUGAAGAUGUAGCUAUUUUUGCAGUAGACUCAUUAAGGCAAUUGUCAAUGAAGUUCUUGGAAAAAGGAGAACUUGCUAAUUUCCGAUUCCAGAAGGAUUUCCUAAGACCAUUUGAACAUAUCAUGAAGAGAAACAGGUCUCCUACUAUUCGAGACAUGGUUGUACGGUGCAUUGCACAGAUGGUGAAUUCCCAGGCUGCUAACAUUCGUUCUGGCUGGAAAAACAUUUUUUCAGUGUUUCAUCUGGCAGCUUCAGAUCAGGAUGAAAGUAUAGUGGAACUGGCAUUCCAGACUACAGGACACAUUGUCACAAUCGUGUUUGAAAAACACUUCCCAGCAACCAUAGAUUCUUUCCAGGAUGCAGUGAAGUGCUUGUCUGAAUUUGCCUGCAAUGCAGCAUUUCCAGAUACCAGUAUGGAAGCGAUCCGCCUCAUUCGCCACUGUGCAAAAUAUGUGUCUGACAGGCCUCAGGCAUUCAAGGAGUACACAAGUGACGAUAUGAAUGUAGCUCCUGAAGACAGAGUGUGGGUGCGAGGAUGGUUCCCAAUUCUCUUUGAGUUGUCCUGUAUCAUCAAUAGAUGCAAAUUAGAUGUAAGAACCAGGGGCUUAACAGUAAUGUUUGAAAUAAUGAAGACAUAUGGCCAUACUUAUGAGAAACACUGGUGGCAAGAUCUGUUUCGGAUUGUCUUCAGGAUAUUUGACAACAUGAAACUGCCAGAACAGCAGACUGAGAAAGCUGAAUGGAUGACAACUACUUGUAACCAUGCACUUUAUGCAAUAUGUGAUGUAUUUACACAGUAUUUAGAAGUACUUAGUGAUGUUCUUUUGGAUGAUAUAUUUGCACAGCUGUACUGGUGUGUGCAGCAAGACAAUGAACAACUGGCACGAUCUGGUACAAACUGUUUGGAGAAUGUUGUCAUCCUUAAUGGUGAAAAGUUUACCCUAGAAAUCUGGGAUAAAACUUGCACUUGCAUGCUGGAUAUUUUCAAAACUACAAUCCCUCAUGCGCUGCUGACUUGGCGACCUGUCGGUGGGGAGUUCUGCUCUGGCUCUCCCUCUGAUGCAAAAGAAAAACUGGAUACAAUCUCCCAGAAGUCAGUAGAUAUCCACGAUUCCAUCCAGCCUCGAUCUUCAGAUGGACGCCCAUAUCAACCCAGCACGGGGGCCACGGUAGCUGAAGAAACGAGUAAAGCCAGGCCAGCAGCAAGUGCGUGCUCUGCAGUGGUUUGGCAUUUGAUAUCUAAUCUAGCAGCAGCACAAAGAGAUGCAGUAGACUUUGAUGUCCAUGUGGAUACACAGGAUCAAGGGAUGUAUCGUUUCCUAACAUCACAGCAGCUUUUCAAACUUCUUGAUUGUCUGCUGGAAUCUCACAGAUUUGCUAAAGCAUUUAAUUCAAACAAUGAACAAAGAACUGCUCUCUGGAAAGCAGGUUUCAAAGGCAAGUCAAAGCCCAACCUGCUGAAGCAGGAGACGAGCAGCCUGGCCUGUGGGCUGCGCAUCCUGUUCCGCAUGUACAUGGACGAGAGCCGCACCAGCGCCUGGGAGGAAGUCCAGCAAAGACUGCUGAAUGUCUGCAGCGAAGCUCUGAGCUAUUUCCUCACUCUUACAUCAGAAAGUCAUCGGGAAGCUUGGACUAACCUUUUACUCUUAUUUUUGACUAAAGUCCUGAAGAUAAGUGAUGAAAGGUUCAAGGCCCAUGCCUCGUUCUACUACCCUUUGUUGUGUGAAAUCAUGCAGUUUGACCUUAUUCCCGAGCUUCGAGCUGUUUUGCGAAGGUUUUUCCUGCGGAUUGGUGUGGUGUUCCAAAUAUCCCAACCACCAGAACAAGAGUCUGGAAUAAGCAAGCAUUAGCAGAUAGUGACGCUCUGUUUCCAAGUUUAUAUUCCUCAGCUAAAUAAAAGGACCAGGUAGCUGGGCCAUUCUGUCUGGAUCUCCAUAUAAAUUUCUUUCUCUGGCAACGUGUAUCCAAGGGUUAACGGUACAGACACUUAAAACUUAAUUAAGGCUUGCAACACUCCAGUCCCUCUCUUUCCUGGCGGAUUCUCUCAUCGAUUUCUCUUGCCUGGCUCGUGCUGAGCACGGAGCCAGUUUAUAGCACAGUCCCCUUGUCAGCACGGGCUGCAGUGUCCUUUACUGUCCUAGACAGCAGUAUAGCAACAGAUCUUUAUGGAGGGUGUGAAAGUAAAAUGUACCCAAAGAAACAUAUAUAUGUAAAGGUUUGAGCUUCUGCGAGAAGUACAACUCAGGAGAGCUGUGUUUUGAAGGAUAAAAUGUUUAUAGUGAAAAGAAAAUGGAGAUUAUUGUUCAUGGAAAAAACUAUUUAGCAACUAUGUCUGAUAUUCUAAGAUUUUUGCACACUCAGGCUGUCUGAGACAUUGGUAAUCAUCCUUCUGUGAAAAUGUACAGAGAUGCAGGUCUGUAAUAUAAACUCUUUAACACUAUACAGUUCUUCCCAAAUUAUUUUAUUUCUGUAUUACUGAUUUGUUGAAAGCCCAUAACUCUUCCUUGUUCACCAAAUGCACUAGAAGUUUGGGUUUCUUUUUUUGGUUGUGAUUUUUUUUUUUCCUUUUUUGUUAUUUUUUGUUUUGUUUUGUUUCAUUGUAGCCCAGAAGUUAUUGUUGCCGACUUUUGUCAAGAACAGCGGUAGAAAUAUCACGACUGACAUAACUACCUGUAAUAUACUUGUUUUAGGGCUUUUAAAUAUAACGAGCCAUUGAAAUGAUGAUCCUUCAAGGACUGGAACUUGAAUCACUGCAAACAAGUCUAGGUUGUGUCUGCUGUCAGAUGUUUUUUGUUUGAUGUAGAUUUCACUCUUAUGUACAGAAUUUAAUGUUGGAUAUAUUCAAGUAACAAAUCUGGCAUGGUUUGGGGAUGGUUAAAUUUAUUGGAAAUGUAUUCAUACUGUGAAUUGUGCUCUGAUGGUUAACAGACGAGAUUGUCAAGCAUUCUGUAUUACAAUGGAUGUAGAAAUUUUUUUCAGAUGGACAAAAUGUAUAUGGUACAGAUAUGUAAAGUUUUCUAUGUAAAAAAAAUUCUGUACAACUUUCUGUACAAUAUUUGGUUCUCAUCUGGCAUAUUCUAAUCAGGUUAUAGGUCAAUAAAGUUUUUGAACUCUUUCAUCAGUGCAAUCAAAA